CACAACACAUAGUACAGAUACUAUGGUACUCUCUCUACCUAAUGUUGGAUGUACCUCUUUACCAAAGUUCACGCAAGAAAUCCAAUCACCUCUAGACUUUUACUGGUGCCUGGUCACCCCCCCAUUGGAUCUCUUCUGUAUCGUCACUCUCGCUGUUGCUUGUCCCUCACUGUUUGUCACUUCCCCCCCCUUUGCACUUGCUUGCUCCCGCAACAUCCGCCCUUUCCUCGGCCUCCCCCCUGCUCGAGCCUCAAAUCCUCGACCAAGAACCAAGAACCAAGAACCAAAUUGCUUGGUUGCAGGUUCCCCGAGACUCCAACCCACCUUCUUGGCUUAUCAUUCUCACACCUCUCUAGCCCAGACGAGACGCAUCUCAUUCCGGCAUUCGGAUCUCGUCGCUUCUACCACCUUGCGUCUAGGUUCCUCUCCGCCGGACCACCACUCGUUUUUUUCUGGCGUUAGUUUUUUUAAUGGUUUCUAACCGCACCGCACCCACACCCGAACACUCUCACCGCAUCUUAGAUUAUUACAUACCUGACCUCCCAUACCGCUCUGUUCCAUCCCCGAGGCACCCAGAACUUUCGCCUUUUCCCUCUUGCCGUCAAGUACUCCUGCCUGCUCUCUUAGACUUGAGAUUCGUCUCCUUUUCUUGGCAACCCUAGUCUCAUUCAACACUCCCAAAUACCCGACAUCU